UGAAUGAAUUCCACUCAUUAUCUACCAGAAGGAGAGAGAAUGGAAGAUGAAGCAGUUAUCUUCGAGCCAUACGAGCUUAAUUAUUUUGAUAUGAUCAUUCUUUUGUCCUCCAAAUCUGCAAAAUCAUCAUCUUCUUCUUCAAUGUCGCGAAAAGAGAAUGAACGGAUGGAAUCCAUUAUAAGAAACGUAAUGCAAAACCUAGGUCCCGACGGUCCAGGCCUCUUAACCGUCACUAACGUCCCAUACUCCGCCGAUCUACGCCGCAAACUACUUCCUCUGGCUCGUCGUCUCGCCCUUCUCGACGCUCAACAUCGAACACGCCUACUCAAGGAACAAGGAUUGGGAAGCGAUGUUCCAUUGAGGAAUCAUAAUCAUGAUAGGAGAGUCUCAUCUUUUGCAAUGCAGCUAAAAUACUCCCAUUGUGAUUCUGUUGAUGACAUUGAAGGAGAUGAAAUGGAUAAUAUUGGUGAUAUUUUUAAGAAACUAGGGCUUAUUAUGAUGGAGGUAGGUCAUCUCCUGGCUCAAAUCUGCGAUAUAGCUAUUGGUGGACAUGAAUUAGAGCAGAGUUUAUCUGAUUCCUGCAGCACUGCUAAAGGUCGUCUUAUACAUUAUCAUUCAAUUUCAGAUAACCUUGCUCUGAAUAAGAAGAAGACUGCAAAAGCAAAACAAAUUGUUCAAGCUUCUUCAUCUGAUAGACUUUGGCAGGAAUGGCAUUACGAUUAUGGUUUAUUUACACUUCUGACAUCCCCGAUUUUCCUUUCAAAUUCUCAUCAUCAUACUCACACAAGAAUUAAUUCCGGAUUGGAAAUCUUCCAUCAGAGAAUGAAUCAAGUCUUAGCAGUGAAGUCGCCUCCUCCUGAUUCUUUUCUUGUUCAAGUUGGGGAGUCAGCUGAGAUACUUUCACAAGGAAAGAUUCGAGCAAAUCUUCAUUCUGUUCGUAAACAAGCGAAAAUUGAAGAAGAGGAGGAUUUAAGCAGGGAAACAUUCGUUGUCUUCUUACAACCGGGAUGGAACCAAAGCUUCUCCAUUUCAGAUGAAUUCAUGAAGAACCACCAUUCUAGUAACAAUUCUAUCGUACCAUGUAAAGAAAUCGAGAAGAUUGUUCCUCCAUUAUUGUCAAGGAUGAAAGACGGAAUGACAUUUGCAGAAUUCUCUAAACAGACUACCCAACAAUAUUACGGAGGAAGAAGCGGAUUACAAUCAAACAAAUAACCAAUCGGGUACACAUUUUUUUUCCUGGUAAGAUCAUACAUCUUUUUACAAACUUAACAAACAAAUUUCUACACUUAAUUAAGAAUCUGCAGCCUUAAAAAUAGUUAAGAAAGCUAGAAACAAAUUGACAAUAUCUAAAUAGA